AGCAGCAAGAGGUGAACAUGGCUCAAGCAUCCAGUGAUCAAAGUAAUGUGGAAACUGCUGACCUGGAGGAGAGUUCUCCCAAUAUGAUUGUCUACAGAAAGAUUGAAGACAUCAUUACAAGAAUGCAAGAUGACAAAACAGGUGGAGUUCCCAUCCGAACUGUGAAGAGCUUUCUGUCUAAAAUCCCCAGCGUGGUCACAGGUGCUGACAUCGUACAGUGGCUGAUGAAGAACCUCAGCAUUGAGGAUCCAGUGGAAGCAAUACACUUGGGAAGUCUUGUCGCUGCACAGGGCUAUAUCUUUCCAAUCUCGGACCACGUCCUUACUCUGAAAGAUGAUGGGACAUUCUAUCGUUUUCAGGCACCAUACUUCUGGCCUUCAAACUGCUGGGAACCAGAAAACACAGAUUAUGCCAUCUAUCUUUGCAAGCGGACCAUGCAGAACAAAGCGCGGCUGGAGCUGGCGGAUUAUGAAGCCGAAAACUUGGCAAGACUUCAGAGGGCAUUUGCAAGGAAGUGGGAGUUUAUCUUCAUGCAAGCAGAGGCCCAAGUGAAGAUCGACAGGAAAAAGGAUAAAACAGAAAGAAAAAUUUUGGACAGCCAGGAAAGAGCAUUCUGGGACGUGCACAGGCCUGUGCCAGGCUGCGUGAACACCACAGAAAUGGACAUUAGAAAGUGUCGUCGUAUGAAAAACCCCCAAAAGGUCAAAAAGUCAGUAUAUGGAGUUACUGAGGAGCCUCAGCCCCAAAGUCCUGUCCACGUGCCCUCCCAACCUGUACACAAAACUACAAAAGAGGAUUUCCGAAAGCAAAUAAAUUUUCUGAACAUGCAGAUAGAGAGACAUUGUUUAAAGAUGUCCAAGGUAGCAGAAAGUUUAAUAACCUACUCAGAGCAAUAUGUGGAAUAUGACCCCUUUAUAACUUCUGCUGAGCCUUCCAAUCCCUGGAUAAGUGACGAUGUGGCUUUGUGGGACAUAGAAAUGAGCAAAGAACCCAGCCAGCAGCGUGUGAAAAGAUGGGGUUUCUCUAUGGAUGAAGUGCUCAAGGACCCCGUAGGACGAGACCAGUUCCUUCGUUUCCUGGAAUCAGAAUUCAGCUCAGAAAACCUCAGGUUUUGGCUGGCAGUCCAGGAUCUCAAAAAACAACCUUUACAGGAUGUAACCGCAAGAGUGGAGGAAAUCUGGCAAGAGUUUCUAGCUCCUGGGGCCCAAAGUGCUAUCAACCUGGAUUCCCACAGCUAUGAAAAAACAAGCCAAAAUGUCAAAGACCCGGGCAGAUACACGUAUGAAGAUGCACAGGAACACAUUUACAAGCUGAUGAAGAGUGACAGCUACGCGCGCUUCCUCCGUUCCAACGCUUACCAGGACUUACUGCUGGCGAAGAAGAAGUGUUGCUGGCACAGAGUGGCCGCUGCGUUACGCCCCGGAGGUCGCUGCAUUCCAGCGGUGGGUGAGUGACCCCUAUAUAUAUAGUUUGUGAAGUGCUUUGGGAUCCUUCUGCAUGAAAGGUGCCAUAUGAAGCUCAGGAUAUACCUGCUAUUCAUUUACUGUCUUUUAUUCCAGCCAUCCCCAAACUCUGAGAGAGAAAGCUUUGUACUGUCCCCCUGCAGAGAACUGUA